UACGUUGGUUUUGAAAGUUCUUUCUCUUUGCAUUAGUGAUUUUAGUUAAUUAGUGACAAAUUCAAAGUGCAGCAAGUGUCGAAAAUACGGCUGAUUUGCUGCCUUUUAAGUAUUGAUAAAGUGUUAAUAGGCAAGUGAAGCAUGGAAGUUGCUAAACAAGAAGUUAACGGUACUCCACUGCCGCAACGGCAGGCGAACACCCAAGGGCAGCAGGGAGGAGGUCCUAACCAAGGACAAGGAGCCCAACAGAACCAGCAAAACCAAGGUGGCCCGCAGCAAAAUCAGGGCGGCAAAGGACCAAACCAAAAUCAGAACCAGCAGAAUCGUGGUAAUCAGAAUAAAGGUCGCGGAGGACAUCAAAACCGCUUUAAUAACCGCAACCAAGGUGGUGGUGGCGGCGGCGGCGGUGGUGGCAAUCGCCAGCAGAAUAACCCAGACGGAAAUGAAGGAAAUAACCAGCAGCAGCAGCAAGGUCGCCAAGGUGGUCCCGGUGGCAAUCGUAACCGGAACCGAAGCCAGAACGACGGUGAUCAAAGUUUCGAUCGUCGUCGCAGCGGUCCCGGCGAGCAGUAUUUCAUCAACGAAAAGUUGCGUAUGCUGCAAGGGCCGCUGAUGGAUCUUCCCCCAAUUGAGAGCGAGCAGAUCAAGUUUUCCGGCCGGAACCGAUUGUAUAUCGGUAAUUUGACAAAUGAUGUGACUGAGGAUGAACUCAAUGAGUUGUUUAGGCCAUAUGGUGAUAUUACGGAAGUUUUCAUGAACAAAGAGAAAAACUACGCUUUUGUACGUGUAGAUUAUUUCUCGAACGCGGAGAAAGCAAAGCGAGAACUAGAUGGAACAUCGCGCAAAAACCGUAUCUUAAGGGUACGUUUCGCUCCCAACGCAACUGCUAUACGUGUCCGCAAUUUGACACCCUUCAUCAGCAACGAACUUUUGUAUAAGGCUUUCGAAGUCUUUGGCCCACUGGAGCGUGCUUCGGUUCAAGUUGACGAGCGUGGUAAAUCUACCGGCGAAGGUAUUGUUGAGUACAAAAACAAACCCGGCGCUAUGUCUGCCCUGCGUUACUGUACGGAUAAGUGUUAUUUCUUGACAUCUUCGCUAAGACCGUGUAUUGUUGAACCGUACACUUAUCAAGACGAUACGGAUGGAUUGCCGGAAAAAUCGCUAAACAAGAAAAUUCCCGAUUUCCAGAAGUCCAGACAGGCUGGACCCCGUUUUGCAGAGAUUGGUUCAUUUGAACAUGAGUAUGGUCAACGCUGGAAGCAUAUGCAUGAGCUGUAUAAGCAGAAAGCCGAAGCACUAAAGCGUGAAAUGAUUAUGGAGGAAGAGAAGCUGGAAGCUCAGAUGGAAUUCGCUCGUUAUGAACACGAGACCGAGCAGCUGCGAGAGCAACUUCGUAUGCGUGAACAGGAUCGUGAUCGUCAGAAAGCCGAAUGGGAAAUGAAGGAGCGUCAAGCUGUUGAAGCGAAAACUCGUAAUGAGUUACAAAUGAAACAUGAGGUCGAGGAAAUGCAAAAUCGCAUCAAACGCACCGAUGAUGAAAUGCACCGUCGUCAGCAGGAAAACACGCUAUUCAUGCAGCAGAACCAACAGAUGCAGUUACUCGAUAACAAUGAUGACAAUCGACGGCCAUUCGACAUGAUGAACCAAGGUGGUGGCGGAGGAAAUAGUGGUCCUGGUAACAACUUUGGCGGAAUGGAGAUUCGUGACUAUGAACAUGGUCAAAAUAGACAGUCACGCUUUGGCAACGAUGAACCGCAGCAACAGAACAACCAACAGGGAGGAGGAGGCGGUGGACCGCAGCGUCAAGGCAAUGCUUUUGGUGGCGCCGGAAACAACAACCGCAACUGGAUGAAUAACAAUGAUCGUCGUAACAAUGAUGACUUCCAAAGCAAGAGAAGACGAUUUUAAGCAGUUGAAGUGAUAGUAAAACUUCAACAGUGGUCCGCUUUAAUAAUGCUUGUGUUUUAAUGUACUUUUUCAAAAACUCGAUGUUUCGAUUAUCGCAUCUGAGGCUGAGGAUGGCAGAAAAAUGACACAAUGAUAGUUUUUGACGAAAAUUGCUAAAGUCUUUCCUGCCCUUUUAUCUUCUUACUAAAAAAGUUGAAUUCGUAGAGUGUCUAGUAAAAAUUUGUAAUUUUCAAUGAGUAAUAAAAUACCAUUGCAUAUAUUUGCACGAAGCUGCUCUAGCUGUGGCGCGCAACUAAGUCUAGAGCCACGUGCUCUGAUUUGGUCCGCGUUUCAUUUAUGGAUUAUAUACGAUAUGAAAAUAAACAUGCGAUUCACUUUAUAUGAAAAAUCAACGGACAUUGUCGCUGGUAUUAAAAGUUUUGGAGCUGAAAUUCUCAAACUAAAAUUUCAACAAAAAAAGUGACACCAAACAUGUCACCUUUGUAGUGUAAACAAACAUUAAGAGAAUACCCUGUUUGAAUGUAUUUUAGACAGACAAAAAAUAAUAUCUCGCUGUUUGGGAUUCGUCCCAACUUAUACACAUUUGCAGUACUAUUUAUAAAAAAAAACAAACAAACAUAAGUUUUAUCCAUAGAUUGAGACAUAAGUAUGAUAAUAUCUUUAAGAAAACACUGUGUAAUAAAAAAAUAAUAUAAAUGAUAUUCAUUGGAAAAAUAAGUCUUACGUGCAUCCCAAAAUUUUUUAAAUUGACAAUUCUUUCAUAAAAAGCGAGCCGUAGUUAUAUAGGCUGAUAGAAUACUGUAUCAGAAAUUCAAAGUGAUCCAACGAAGAAAUUGUUCAAUUGUUCUGCUGAAAGCUGCCAUGAUUUUUUUGGAUACAUGUGCUCAGCUCAGUGUUAUUGGGUUUAGGAACAUUUUUGACCGAUUUUGCAUAAUUUGAUAUUGAUUGACUACGACAACAUAUGUUGGAAUAUAAUUCAACUUUACCACUAACAUUCCAAAUUUAUUUUCAAAUUUUUUUAUUAAUUCAAGGGAUAACGCUGGAUAACGUCGUCCACAAGGUACUUAGCUGUCUGGAGCACAUUUUUACUAUCGGACAGAUUUUCCUCAUUUUUUGUUGAUUUCAAGACAUCGUGUGAUAUAGUCGGCCCAUAGCAACUGACCUGUAAUAUUACGAAUUCAGUCUUCUGGAUAAACAGAAUCAGAAGCUUAAAUAGUGUGCUUCAUGCGUGUAGUUUUCGAGUCUCGCAGUACGUUGAAACUUGGUGGCAGUUUAUCCUGUUUGUUAAAUGGCGUCCUUGAUACGACGAAUAGGGACUUAUUUUGUAACGACGAAGGCAAUAUUUGCUAGACAAACCGGAACACCAAAUACAUAUAUGGAAGGCAAGGCAUCAAAAGACACCAACAUUCGUUUCCCACGUACAGUAAUUGUUGACAGUAAAAAUAGUCUACUAUUACAUAUAUUUGGCAUCGCAGGUAACAGCGCUAACAGCGCAACACAAUUAAGGAGACCCCACGAUGCAUUCAAGCUGAAAAUCGGACCUGCUGUGUACCCUUCGCAUGGCGCUACAGGAGCAUACGCCACUAUACUAAAUUAACAAAUGUACAAAAACUCUCAAAUCAACGGUUCUCUAUGCACUUGUCGAAACUCUGACGCGACUCAUAGAAAAUGCGCGCAUGUCGAUAUUUGCAGUAUUUAGGAGUAUGACACCCCCGAAUAUAUUAUUUGCGCGUGAACGGAACUGCUACAAGAGAUUUCCAUCUUACAUUUGGGAAGAUUCGGAGGAAACAUAGAGUCGGACAUAUAUGAAUGCCGGAUGACUAUACGGAGAAACCGUUCUGUUUAAUGAUUCCACCGGUACCAGGAAUAGAUAAAAGAGGAGGUACUCAAUGAACUAGGUGAGUCGAUCAAGUCUACGUUGACUUGCGACCAGCGGUUGAAAAAUGCACGAAAAAAUGUCAUGGCUUUAGGAUGCCCGAGGGCUUCAAAAGUUGUGUACCACCAUAAAGAAAAAUGGUUUAAAUCAAUGUUAUUACAGUUGCGUAUAAAAUAGCAAAAAGUCUUCUUUGGCACGUUGCGAUGUAACGAUUUACGUAUAUGCUGCUAUAUGAAACAUGAGAGAUUCUAUUGUUGAUAAGUGGCAAAUAAUGUAACACUACUACAACAGCAAAUGAUAACUUUAGCUUGAUUUGAUAAUUUCUUAAGCAUUUCGUAAAUUUCAAAAUUGUUGGAUCACUUUGUCGUAGCUAUAGGGAGUAGGAAUAAUUAAUACAGAACAAAAUAUCACUAAACCAACUCUUUUGGGCUUUCGUUCCAAGACGUGAGUUUCUACCAUAUACAUACUCUGUUUUCGUGGUGCUAAAUUCUGUGCAGUCUGGAAUUCGUAUUUUUUACGCCUAUUGUUGAACGGAAGAAUCCGACAUAACUGUUCCAUGUUGGUUGUUUGCUGCACAGAGUUUUGAACCGGGAAUACUGUUUGUUUCAAAAUAUUUGUUUAUUUACUAAUUGAAUAGUCUAUUUUCCAGGUACUUAGUAACUGCAACAAUGAACUGAGAACGUCACUCACUCACUUAAGUGUUCGGAUGAAAUGGAUGCAAAUGGUUGUGUGGGUCGACGGUUUGAUUGGUUUGUGCGUGUGUGUUUGACUGUGUUGUCUAUUUUUAUUGAUAAAUCAUUCGAUUGCUCGAGAUUACACAGAAAAGUAUGAAUUGUCAAUUGUCAGCUGAUCGAACGACGGUUUCGUCGUACAAGUUAUUUUCAAAACUCUGUGGAUUUGAAAUACGAUGCGCUUAGGAGAGUCUAAUGUUUCAGGGUUCUAGUGUAAAGCAGCUAAAUGCUUGCUGAUAGACCACGAAUACCAAGAUACUUAGACGCAAUUUACAUCUAAAUAUUACUGAAAUCCGGUUCGAGAUUCGUGUCUUUCGAUUUAAAACAUAAUAAAUGUCGAAUCUGGUCAUAGAAUAUACAUAUACUAGUAUUUACUCGCAUACCUAUAACUAUUUUCUCACAUUCUUUGAAGUGCAUUUUUAUGCGAUUUUCCCACUUAAGCAAAGUGUUUUCCCAAAACUACGCUAUGCCGCGCAUUGAAUCGACUGUUUUCAUUGAUUCUUCUUUCUGUUCAAAAUUGCAAUGUUCAAAACAAUGUUGCUCCCUGCGUUUCUGUAAUUUUUCUGGCGGCAUAGCUUUGGGACUUCUCGUAGCAUUUAUAAUUGUAAUUGAAAAACCACAACACCGGAAAGGUGGUGUAGUUCAUGAUAACAGCAAAUUUAAGAUUUCUUCUGUCAGUUUUCUGCUGCCGUAAUGGUACUUCUUUCUUAGGAAAGUAAAAGUGAACAAUCCUCUUAAUUCUUGGUUCCCCUCUUGGUCAAUAUGUAAGCUGUGAUAUGAUAAAUUCUAGAUCUUUUCUUCGCUUGGACCGUGCCGUGAUUAGUUACGUAGUCAUGACGCAAUUCAUGCAUUUUUUUAAAAGAACUGUUAAAUUACGGACAAAAAUAUGUCGAAAUCAAUUUUAGUAACGUUGAAUUUAUUAACCAGCAACGGAAACUCAGUACGUAUUAGCUAUUUGGAAGGGUAAAUGAAUCUGGCACAACAAAAUUUUAAUUUUCAAUAUACGUCAAUCUAAUGAGGCUAAAAAAAUCGUCACAGACUGAAAAUAUUGUAAGCCGAAGAAAUGUAAAAGGUGUACACUUCUGAUUCUCUUUUAUAGAAAUGUUGUAAAACUAUAGAUUGCUGUCUAAUGUUAUUGAAGUUGUGGCGUGGUAACAUAUUGGUAUCUACAAAAAUAGACCCAAAUUAUGACCAGUUUUGUUUUGAGCUUCUUUGUAGAAUCUCAAAAUAAGUAGAAAGAAAUAGAAAAAAAUCUUUUACUUAUAAAAAUAAAUUACUUGCAUAAAAACUUCGUUGGUCAUAUAUCAUUUAUAGUUUUUUUCAUUUUCUAUCGGUAUUUAGUGUCCACUGUUGUAACCAACGAUGAUCCAAAGAUAUCUGUUAUGUUGAAUCCAACAAUGACCCAGUGGAAUGACGACUAGAAGGGAUGAUGUCUUCCCAUGAUCGCCGUCAUUUACUGGACAUCGCAUUCGAAAAACGCUGUUCCUCUAGUUUUGCUUCACAAAUAAUACAGUGCUUGCUGCUAUCAACCCCACGUUACCUUCCGUUUAUUUGAAAGAUGUAGUAUGAAAAGAUUAAACAAAAAUCAGAACAAUAAAAUUGCGCCAGAACAUUCAAUAUUGAUUGACAAUGCUGCAAUAUUAAUUCUAUACAUUCUAUGCGUCUGUAUAGCGCACUUCAUCAAUUAUCUACAGAAUAUUGCUGUUGUAUGUAACAAGAUUAAUCAAUAAUCAUGAAUUUAAUACCAUAUUUGGAAGAGAAAAAAAGGAAGGGGUAAUAUUCCUUAAAAUAUAUUUGGAAACGAACUCACAAAUAAACGCGUGCCAUAUAAGGCGGUGAGAAGUCAAUAUUCCUUAAAAGAUCAACGUUUAACGACAUCGUAUAGAAAAACGAUUGCAUGAAAAAGAAAUUCUUUGAUCUAUCAAACCAUGUUUCGCAGUUCGAUUGUUUGUUGAUGUGGCAGUGUUGGGCGUGGGUGGGUAGUAGUUGUGUGGUCGACUGAUUCUGCGUUGUUUUUGGCACCGAACCCGAAGGGAAGGCAGUUCGUGUUGUGUUUCAGCUUAACGAAAUACCUAUGUGUGUUUAUUGGACAAGGCGAAAAUCGGCCUAUAACACCCAGCUCAUCAAGUGAAAUGGAACACGGCAGUGGUGUAUUGUGUAAACACGAAGGAAUAAUUACUUGCGGAUUUCGCACCUACGUGUGAAUAGCUGAAGUUCUAGUAUACAUACUGUCGACAAUGUGAAUAGGUAAAUGUUUAACUAGUUUGUUUCUAUAUUGUACACUUUCAUUCAAAUUUAACAUCACUUCUAAUAAUGUAUUGUUAUCGGUAAGAACCCACCACCGGGUACUUUAACCUUUAUCCUAUGGACAAUGGAUGUCUUUUUUGGUUGGGUAACUGAAAACCACUGUAGAAAGUUGUAAAAUUUUGACAAUAGGCGAUAAGCUCGAUUAAGAUACAAAUACCCGAAGUUCAUCAUAUCGAUAUACAAAGGGGCCUAUUGAUACUAAAAUGUGUGAAACGACACUUGAAUCAGGCUGUUUUAUUACAUUAACAUGAUGAUAGUGUUUAAAGCUAACAUCUUAAGCACUAGCAACAGGAUUUUCUUUGCUAAUCCAUAAUUGAAUUUCCAGGAUUAGAAAAUGUGCAUUGUACGUUUCAUACAUUGACAUAUGGCAGUAAUGAUAGAUAAAAAAUGUAAUAUCUAACGCCAAGAUUCGUGGCCAACGUAAAGUUUUUUCUUUGCAGCGGCUUAAUCAUUUUUUUCCACCAAAAUGAAAUAAAGGAUUAUUCAAUAUUUUAGGUUGAAACUAUUGGGUUGCACAAAUUAAUUUGGUCCGUUUUUAUAAGGUUAAAAAUUCAUUUAUUUUUCAAAAUCAACAUGAUUGAUGAUACUGUCCAUCGCUUGUUACUACUUUUUUCUAUCCUCUCUUAGAAAAAAGGUUUUGUCCUUUGAGGACACGACGCAGCUUCAAAAUCCACUUUUCGAUUUAUUCGAAAAAGUGAACCGGCUGCAAAGUCGGGCGGUAUCCGUCGGAAUAACCAAUAUCAGUAUGAGCAAUAGUCGGGGAAUACGGCAGACGCGGAAAUAUCUCAAUUGGGCGUUUCCCAAUGCUUUUUCAUGAUGUUUGCGACAUGAGGUUGAGCAUUGUCAUGCAGCAGAAUAAUUUUAUCAAUGCAUGUCUGUCAUGACAGCACACUUGGUACCACCAGAUGCAAAGUAUGACCCUCGAGUCAUCAACAUACGACUUAUACGUUGAUGUAAAGGUCGGUUACAAUGAUUGAUUCUACAUAGCGAAGUAAUUUUACUUUUUGGGGUUUUCAAAUAUUCACUUCGCAUCAUCAGUUACAACCCAAUGUAAAUCCCUGUUCUUUGCUACCUUUGUAUUAACUAUGUACUCGCAAGUGAGUCAUCUUCCAAUCUCCAAUUCCUACGGUACCCUACCCAAUUACCUUGCUUUUGAAUCAUUCUUAUGAAUGCCAAUCGCACAGAAACUUCUUGUUGUGGCUCUCGUCGAAUACCGUGUUAGUACCAUAUUCUGAACACUUACGCAAGGCUAAAUCUACUAAAUUAAAAAUAAGGGUUUCAAUCGUUUCUAACUGAUAGUCUUCAUUACCAUUUCAUUUACCGAACAUCUGACUAGAUGUCUGAAGUUAGAUUGGUUUUAAAAUAAAUGGAAAACAUAUCAAAAAAUAAUUUCUUGAACAUCGGGUUUGGGUUCCUUAUUAUGGACACGUUUAGCAAGAUGGUUCCUAAUAAUAGACAAAAAUGUUCCUAAUUAUGGACAGUAAAAACAUUGUAUAUUUGAAACAAAAAUUAUAUAUUUAUAUAAGAUUUGUUACAAAAUUUAACACUUUUGCGGUUUUAUCGGCCUUUUUAAUUGCUCUUAUAGCUUUCCUCGCUUCUGUUUUUCUCCUUAGCUAGCCUCUCUGCCUCAAGUUGUUCGUAGUACUUCUGGUACUCCUGGCUGCUGGCCACUACCGGAGGACGACAGGCAUAUGAGAACGAUGGCAUAUGAGAACGAUGUCAUUCUCCCGGCAAAACUCAGUCGUUUGAUAGCACACGUGAGAUCUGUGGCCAUCUACAAACACAAUAACCGGAAACGAAGUCUUACACCGUACAAGCCAUGGAAGAAAAACGUUUUUCAAAUAAUAAUAAAAUGUUUCUUGGGUCAUCCAACCACUAUCACUUUUACCCGCUGCCCAGUCAUCCGGUAAGCUUUUCACAAUUUCGGCGGGUAGACGCAUUUUGUACGGGAAUAAGAUUAGUGGAGGGGCCAGAACACCAGCUGCACUAGCACAGAAUAAUACCGUAUAACAUUCCUUUUCCGAGUUAGCGUUUGAUGUAUGUACAUAUUUUUCAACAUAUUUAGCCAGAACUGACUCCUUUGUUGGUACUAAACGUAUGCCGGUUUCAUCCAUGUUGAACACGGACGCAGGAUUUCGAAAAGUAUUCUGUAGUUUUUCGGAGCAAAUGUAAGUUGAUAUUUCGGCGAACCAUUUCCGAAUUGAUUGCUCUGUUAUGCAUGUUCUUUGUUUCGAUAAAGCGCUUGGGACACGUCUCGAAAUUUGCGGAUGCCGUUUUAGAAAUAAGGACGUCCAUUUUCUACCUGGGAAGCCGUUCGGAAAAACAUUUGUUCUUCCACAAAACUUCAUAUAUUGUCCUACGGAUAUCCUCAGACUAUUCGUAUCAAUGGGCAAACCAACUUUGCAAGACCGAUCGAUAAAAUCAAUUAUACGAUUUUCAUCCUCCUUCGAAAGUAUGGUUGGUUUGCCUGGAUGACUGUAAACAGACGGCGUUUUUAGUUUCGAGUGGAGGGUGCUGACGGCAACACCGUACAAAGCAGUAGCAUCCCUUAUUGACAUACCUCUACCAACCAUCAUAAUGGCCUUCUCCAUUUUCCAUCCGGUGUGUACGGUGAUUUUGUUUUGUCGCGACAUACCUGUUCAGAAUAAGGAACCAUCAGUGAAAAUCGGUGCCAAAAACAAGACACUUAAUUUGAGAAAUAAAUUCAUGAAAAAUAGCUAAUAUUUUAGUUCACGUACGAUGCACGGUACUUACUGAUGAAUUUUCAGUAGAUUCUGCGAAAAAAACUUGAAAAACACGGCAAAAAUAGCGUAAAAUAUUUGCACUCACAUCUUAGCGCAGCGGCUAAGCGGCCAUGUUUUUUUUACUUUUAUCGAUUUCAGCACAUUGUUUAUAUUUUUUUAGCGCAUAAUGUAGUGGAAAACGGACUUUUUCAUGACGAUUACUUCGUAAAAGAUGUCAUAAAAUAAUGUUUUGCAGUUUUCUAUACACAAUUACGCGUCUUCAAAUUAGAAUGACUAUUUUUAAUCCGAACCGUUCAGAAUAUGGAGCCGUUCACAAUAUGGUACUGGCACGGUAAUUCAGAAAACUAUUCUGGCUUUUGAUUCGAAUCACAAACUAUCAGUAGGAGUACCGUCGCGUCGCCAUAAACUUCCAUUCUUAAGCACAUUCUUUGCGGCACAUUCCUUCUAAUUGAAGCACAAACCUAAAAUUCCUUGCAAAUGGCGCUCAGUUAUUACAGAGUUCGACAUUGGUUUACCCAUGAAACAAACUGAAGAUUGUUGAGUGAUGUUCAAGCUCUCCGAAACCAAAGAAAUCAGGUGUUCUAUGAAUCAUUCGUAACAGCCAAAAACAUCUCUUAAAAACGGACCGAACUUUUUCGUACACCCAAUAGCUUAGGUAAUUAGCUAUAAUACUAAUACCCAGCAUGUACAUUAAGUAAAAUCGAUAAAAUAAUCGUAUAGUAAACUCAAGAUACAUUGUAACAGUUUUUUUUUGAUUUCUUUUCGAGCAUAUUUUCGUUAUGUUCACAACAGUUCUUCACCUUUUCAUGUUCAGUUAAAAAACAGCUUUUAUUUAUUUACGUCACUUUUAAUCAAACAAAAAUCUACCAUUCUAUUGGAGCAGGUCCUCUGAUAAAAAAAAUCUCGAUAACAUGCACAUAAUGCUUUAAUGAACCCUAAAAACGCCAAAUUUGCACCGUAACACCGGACUUAUAAUUCACAUGUCUUCAAAAAUCCACUUUUUUAUUGUGCAUUAUAGCAACUUUUUAACUUUAUCUGGUGACACCUUAGCAUACUCCUAUCCUCUAUAUCACAUAAAACAACGCUAUAGAGUGAAAGUUUUCGUCUCACGCUAGUGUUUGACUAUUUUGCUAUUCUUCUGCUAAGGUUAACCGACAAGAUAUUCUGCUCGUCAAAAGCUAUAAUGCCACACUUAAUUUUCGAUUCUAUGCAUUGCAAUAUAGCUGUUGCAGACAUUAUGUGAAUUCCGGUGGUUUCUAUCUUUUUUUGUUUGGCGUUUCCUGAAUACCGUAAAAAGACGUAAAAAAAACUCGCGCGCUGUAGAUUAGUCUAUCGUUUUAAGCUAUUACACAGCCGUUAGAGGCCGUUCAACUGCAUUUUAUGUCAGUUUUUUUAAUUGUAAGUUGAGAGAAACCUUUCUAAUAGAUGUUCGAU